UUGACUGUAUAUAUUUGUGUUUGUUUAGGACUGUAAGGUAAUUGGUGUAUGUGGAUUUUGAAUUUUAUUGUGGUUUCUAUUCAAUUGCGACCAGUAAUACUGAUUAAUAUUGUUGCGAAAAAUCUUUAAUAAAUAAAUAAAAGUAGUAACAAUGAAAUGUUUGACUACAUUUGUAGAGGUCUUAUUUAUGUUGAGUGUUUGUCUUGCCACUUUAUCGCCGCCGGCUGAUAAAAGGUCACAAAAAAGUGUAAAACCACAGGAAGGACCUCGUAAAAAUAAUGUGUUGGAUAGAAAACUGGUAGUAGAAACUCCGUAUGCGAAAGAUAUUAUUAAAUAUCAUGCAACUUACCAUCAAAACGUUAUAACACGGAACUUCAAGAAUCCUGUUUUGGGUUAUGUUACUCCGUGGAACGACAAAGGGUAUAAUGUCGCGAAGACGUGGGCUCCGAAAUUUAACUAUAUAUCACCGGUGUGGUUGCAAGUCAAGAGACAAAGUCCAAAUAUUUACAUAAUUACAGGCUUACAUGAUGUGGAUCAUGCAUGGAUGAAAGAAGUCAGGCAGAGAAGCUCUCCUGGAAAUGUCAAAAUAUUGCCGAGACUCUUAUUUGAUAAUUGGCAAUCAGCAGACCUGAAAGCUUUUUUCAAAGACACAUCAUCAAUGUCAGAGCAAAAGGCAUUGAUAGAAGAGGUGAAGAAAACAUGUAAGCAGUGGAACUUUGACGGGAUUGUGUUGGAAAUGAUCUCUCAAAUUGGAAAAUAUGUAGAAAAAUCAGUAAAAUUUAUUCAGCAAUUUGGUUUAGAAAUGAAUGAAGAGAACUACAAAUUAAUUCUAGUCUACCCACCAUUCCGAGGAUAUCCAAGUGAUGAGUUCUUUAUAAGUGCUUACAAUGACAUUUAUCCUUAUGUAGAAGCUGUAUCUGUUAUGACAUAUGACUUCUCAAGUCCUCAAAAACCAGGACCAAAUGCUCCUCUAUAUUGGAUGAGACUCUGUCUAGAGAAAUUAAUUGAUAAUGAAGAAAAUCCAUUAAAAGAAUCAAAGAUUUUGCUUGGUCUUAAUUUCUAUGGCUCUUCAUACACUACCAAUGGAGGUGGACCUAUUGUGGGCACCGAGUAUAUUGAACUGAUGAGAAAUGCCAAGAUUAAUCAGAUGUUAUCUUAUAACAACAAUACUGCUGAGAACUACAUAGAAUUAAAAACAUCACAAGGAACCAAGAAAGUGUUUUACCCUACUUUAUAUUCAAUAAAAAAAAGACUGGAACUGGCAGAAGAGUUUGGUACUGGCAUUGCCAUAUGGGAGUUGGGACAAGGCUUAGAUUAUUUCUAUGACCUGCUCUAAUAUGUGAUAUAUUUUUAAAUUUAAUUAAGUAUUUAUUUUAUUGGAUAAACUUUAACCUGUA